AUGUUUAUGUAUCUAAUAGGUGGAAAAGUAACGACUGCUAAUCCAAAAUACAGAGCAACUGAAUUAUCAUAUCAACUAACCGACUCAGGUGCAUCUGUUCUGAUCGUGCAUCCAGAAUUUCUUGAAACUGUCAUUGAAGCUUCAAUUGAAGCAAAAAUCCCCACAUCCAGAGUAUUAUUAUUUGGUGAUGAAGAAAUAAAAGGGUACAAGCCUUAUCACUCUGUUUUAAUCGGUGAUCGUGAAAUUGAGCCGGUUUCUUAUACUUCCGAAGAAGCAAGAACAACGACCGCUUAUUUACUUUAUAGUUCUGGUACAACCGGAAAGCAAAAAG